GCACAAUCUUGGUAGACAGCAUGUUGAUCAAAGGAACAGCAGGAGGAUCUGAUCCCACUAUCGAACUCACAUUAAAGGAUAACACAGACUACUGGGUCAUUUUGGAUCCUAUCAACCAGAGACUUUAUCUUAACAGCACUGGACGAGUUCUGGACAGAGAUCCACCAGUGUCCAUUCAAUCUAUUGUGGUCCAAGUCCAAUGCAUUAAUCGGAAAGUAGGAACUGUUAUCUACCAUGAAGUUCGGAUCGUGGUAAGGGAUAGAAAUGACAACUCUCCCCAGUUCCAGCAAGAACAAUACUAUGUCGCAGUGAAUGAG